GUUCACUUGGCUUCUGGUUUUCAAUCACUAAGAACUAAGAACUACUUCCAAGCGACGUUCAAGCUUCAGUUCGAUCUGCUUCAGCGCUCAAACUCAUUCCGAAGUGGGAAUUGCUUCAGUUGUCAUAAUUAAGAAUUGCUCGUCAUGGCACCCCACGGAGAAACGUUCGUUGGUUCCUACUCAAGGAGCAACAACUUCUGCAAGCCACCCAGCACCAGCAGGCUCUCAAACGAAAGCCUUCAAAGGACAGUUUCUGACCUCUCCUUCGAAUUGAGCAAAGCGGCCAUUGAUGUAAAGCUCCCACCCAUUUCUGAAAUCGAAGACGCCAAGUGUGCGUGCUGCGGAAUGUCGGAAGAGUGCACGCCUCAGUACAUUCAGCGGGUACGUGAUAAGUUCUGCGGGAAAUGGAUAUGUGGGCUGUGCUCCGAGGCAGUGAAGGAAGAAGUCCAGAAGAAUGGAGGAAAAGGAGAAGAGGCCUUGGAUGCCCAUAUGAAGGCUUGUGUGAGGUUUAAUAGAAUUGGAAGGAGCUACCCAGUUCUAUACCAAGCUGACGCCAUGAGAGAGAUCUUCAGAAAGAGCACGAUGUUGGAAGGCAGAGGAGUUAGGGCCAACUCUAUCAGUUCUAGAGACAAAGCUAGUAAGAAGAGGAGUGGAAUCCUUAGAAGCUCCAGUUGCAUUCCUGCAAUUACAAAGGAGAUGGGUGAAUGAGCAGACAAUAACAGUCAACUGAGUUAUGGGAAGGCAAAACUGUCCAUGUUGCUCUGGGAAGCGGUCCAAAUGACCAUGGACGACCCUAAUCCUUUAAAUAUUUCUAGGUUUUCUUUAUCGUUUCUCUUUGACUACUCCAAGCUCCUGUACUUUGAGAUACUCUAUUUUCUCUCUUUUUUUUUUUUUUAUCAGCCUUUCAGUUUCCCUUCGGGAUUUUUCCUGGGUUGGUCCAACUUCUCUGAUCGAUCCUAGAUUUGCAAUCCUCCUCACCAAGAAGGGAAACAAAUGAAAGAACAUACCAGCUGCAGCCAGCUCUAGUUAUCAAUACGACAACAAUUUUGUAUAUUUGGUAAUUAAUUACUAUAACAAGGCUUCCCACGGGGUUGUUUUCCCUUGAUAUA